CCACUUUUGCUCGCUAUGUAAGGAAGCCAUUGAAGCACCUCCCAACUCCUCAUCUUCUUCUUCAAGACUUCAACUUGGCAAAUACAAUAGCUGCUAGUGCUACCAUGUCUUCUUCUCCAUUGUUUGUCUUGGCUGUCAUUCUCCUCUUAAACGCUCAUCCAUCUUUUGCACUGUUCCAGACAUCGUCUGGUCUGGACCAAGAUUUAACAGAGGAAGAGGGCACUGCUGUUUUCGUAGCGCUCAACAAUCUGCUCGAAACAUUCAACGGAUUCGACACAUGAAACUGGUUUGACAACGGGUUCGCCUAUGCAAACGUGCAGAAAAUCAAUGACAAGCGAAUCGCCAUCAGAUAUGCACGUUGGACUGAGUUGUGCACCGUUGGCACGUGGGAGAAAGCCAGGGGAGACUUAGUGUUGAAAGAUUUCAGAACGACUGUGACAUAUCUGAGGCCUUACUUGCUGCAAGGCUACUCUUGGGCCGCCAUAUCCAAUGCCUACGCUUGGAUCGAUUACUAUCUCCUCCACAAGGACGAGGCCACCCUUCAACUGCCUUCAUUCAACGUAAGUAAUCAUGAGUUUAGGACAGCUGAUUCAAGCAAUCGGCAAUAUCUUCCUCCUCCUUCUUCUGCUUCUUCUUCUUCUGUUAUGUCAAGUGUGUCAAGAUAUUCCCCUGUUGAGAAGACUGGGUUUUUAGACUGUCCCGUCUGGCCUCUUGUAUUGCUGAGCCACAACAGUGGCAUUUGGGACGUUCUCAAGGUGGGGGAGUUCUUGAGAUCUGCCGACAAAAUAAUUCGAUUGACAAUGCAGAGGGACUGUAAUCUGGUGUUGAGUGAUAAGCAGAACAGUCGAGUGCUGUGGAGCAGCAAGACUGCAGGGCAUGGGAGCAAAUGCUUUCUGCGUCUUCAGUCGGAUAACAAGUUAGUUAUAUACAAGGGCAGUGGUAAGGGUGCAGUGUGGGCCAUUAAUCAGGAUUGUGGACAAGGGGGUGUCAAGUUUAGCUUUCUGGUUAUUGAGGAUGAUGGUAAUCUGGUUUUGUAUCGCAGUCAAGAAGGCAAGCUUAACCGAAUGUGGGCUACAAAAACCAAGAUCUAAUUGCAUGUCUCUCACAGUUGGGUCUUUGGGGGUCUCCAUUUCUUUCUGUCUUGCUACCACAGUGUGUGCUCAUUUAUGUAUUCUGUCUGUAUCAAUCCUUGACUGCAAUCACAUGCAGUUCUA